UCAAACUCCUGGUCUUUUCUGCGGUUCUGUCAUCAUGCUAAGAAGGACAAAAUUACCUUGAUCAGAAACAUAUGCCUAAAUAGUCCCAAUGGCAUAUGGCAUUGGAUUCUCUUUAACAAGUUAAGCUUUACAAUAUGUGAAAAUGUAAGACUGAAGCCUACAGAAAUCCCCAAAGAUUAUUUACAUGCCAAAAAGAACAGCGUUUCAAGCAUGGCAGGAACUCAAAGCACCAAGAGAUGUCCCACAAGCAGGAGAGAGUACAGCUGUUUUCAGCUCCAACACUAUUCAGUCACUUGGUGCAUGCUGUUUGUUGUACUGGUGACAUGCUUUGCUGGAAAUGCCCAUGCUGGUGACAAGUCAUAUACAGGCCCCUGUGGAGGAAGAGACUGCAGUCAGGGAUGCCAGUGUCUGCCCGAGAAAGGAAGUCGUGGACAACCAGGACCCCUGGGAGGGCAAGGUACCUCUGGCCCACCUGGGCUAAUAGGAAUAGCAGGUCUGCAGGGACGUAAGGGAGACAAAGGAGAACGAGGAUUUCCUGGAGUGACUGGCCCCUCUGGAGAUAAGGGCCAAAGUGGUGUGACAGGUUUUCCCGGAGCUGAUGGCGUACCUGGACAUACAGGUCAGGGUGGCCCAAGAGGUAAACCAGGUCAUGAUGGUUGUAAUGGAACACAAGGCGAUGCUGGUGUGGGAGGUUCACAUGGUUCAAGAGGCCCUCCUGGAAUUUCUGGUGGAUUUGGUGCCAAAGGUCAAAAAGGAGAACCGUUUCAUGUAUCAAUCGAGGUGAAAAACAGACUUAGAGGAGAUCCUGGUGAAGCAGGCUUUAAUGGUAUUCAGGGUCCAAGGGGUUCUCCUGGAACAGCAGGCUUCAUUGGGCCACAGGGUUACCGUGGACCUCGUGGGCCACCUGGACCUCCUGGGCCACAGGGACCACAAGGCAACAGGGGUCUUGGAUAUUAUGGAGAAAAAGGAGAACCUGGUGAUCCUGGUCCACCUGGUGAACAACCUCGUCAAGGAGAGAGAGAACAAAAGCACAAAAUUGAAAUUCUCUUGCUACAAUAUAAGGGGGCCAAGGGGGACCAAGGAGAGAAGGGAAAUCCUGGCGAUAAAGGUCAACCAGCUGUCACAGGAGAAAAAGGAGAGGAAGGUAUUACAGGAUUUCCUGGACAAAGGGGGUUUCCUGGUAAUGAUGGUAACAGUGGAGCUUCAGGAGAAAUAGGGUUUCCUGGGGCAAACGGUGUACCUGGAUUACCUGGUACUAAAGGAAAAAAGGGAGAGGUUGGAGACCUAGGACCUCAAGGACCUGUUACUUUUGUCAAUGGUCAACAAAAAAGAAAAGGCUAUGAAGGUGAAAUUGGAUUUCCAGGACUUAAUGGGGUUUAUGGAGAUGAUGGAGACCCUGGAGAUCCUGGUUUUCCAGGCCAGAAUGGAUCACCAAGUAGAUUUCCAGGACAAACAGGUGAUACAGGCUUGAAAGGUCAAAGGGGUCCCAAAGGUUACCAAGGUGAUACAGGCUUACCAGCAUUUCAGCCUGGACCCCCAGGUAUAGAUGGAGCCCCUGGCAAAGAAGGACCACCUGGCCAACCAGGUUAUCCAGGUGGACGCAUUGGGAUGAAGGGAUUACCCGGGUUUCCUGGAAGGGAUGGACAAAGAGGAGCUCCUGGUUCUCGAGGUUUAAGGGGAAUCAAAGGUGAACAAGGGGAAUGCAGAUGCUAUGAAGGAGAUGAAGCUGGCAGAGGCCCUGCUGGAGAGCCUGGUCCAGUUGGUUUUCCAGGUUUUCAGGGUCACGCAGGCAGAAAGGGAGAAGCAGGAGAUAGAGGAGUACAAGGGCUUCCAGGAGCACCAGGCACAGUGGGUUUAGCUGGUCCUGCUGGGUUUCCUGGUCCUGCUGGAGAGAAGGGUGAUAAAGUAUUUGCUACAGAAAAAGGUUCCAAGGGAGCACAAGGAGACUCUGGUUUUCCUGGUGUUCCUGGGCGUGAUGGAUACCCUGGAAGAAAUGGUAGAGAUGGUAGUCCUGGCUUUCCAGGCCCUUCUGGAGAUGGUAUAAAAGGACUCCCAGGUUCUCAUGGGUUUCCAGGACUCCCUGGUAAUGCUGGUGCUCGAGGUGAGACGGGCUUUCCUGGACCAGGAUUUCCAGGUUCAAAAGGGCUGCGGGGAGAGCCAGGAAACAGAGGAGUGAGCGGAUUUCCAGGAGUUCCUGGACUUUCAGGCCCCCAAGGUGACUGCUAUCAAGAAACUGAUGAAGAAAAUGAAAUAGGGAAAGAAGGGACUGGCUGCAGACUAAUUGCACCUCCUGCUCCAGCAGGUGCCCCAGGGCCACCAGGAUUACCAGGAUAUAACGGUAUAAGAGGCCAGAAAGGUUUUCCCGGACCACAUGGUUUUGAUGGCGUUUUUGGAUUAAAAGGCAUCAAAGGAGACCGUGGAACCGAUAGUUUGCCAGGUCCACCAGGUUUUUCUGGACAAAGGGGAGACAGAGGUAAUGCAGGACUACCUGGCCUACCCGGGGUACCAGGUUUGUCAGGAAAACCUGGCUUUAAAGGGGUACAAGGAGAAAAAGGAAGUGUAGGUGAUCGCUUAGGAGCUCCAUCAGGGGAGCAAGGAAAUACUGGCCUGCCUGGCUUGCAAGGACUUAAAGGAACACAAGGGGAUCAAGGCAUACCUGGCCUACAAGGUAAAGUUGGAACACCAGGAACACCUGGAAACAAGGGUAUUAAAGGCUCUCCCGGGGCCCCAGGAGUACCUGGAAUACCAGGACCUGCAGCAUUAUUUGGAUUUCCAGGAAUGCCCGGAAACCCAGGCACACCAGGACCCCAAGGUUCAAUGGGACCUCCAGGUCCUCCAGGACAGAGAGGAGAUGAAGGCGAGAAAGGGCCACCAGGUCCAGCUGGGAUGAAAGGGUUACCUGGAGAACUUGGUGUUGGAGGAUUUAUUGGUGUUAGGGGCAGACAUGGAAAUCCAGGCAUCCCUGGCUUGGUUGGAAUGCAUGGACUUCCUGGUGUGAAAGGCAUCAAAGGUUCCCCUGGCAUGGAAGGCUUCCAGGGAAUGAAAGGAGCGAAGGGGAGACCUGCAUGGAGAGGACUCAAAGGACCAAGUGGCAAUAUAGGAUUUCCAGGAGUAAAAGGGGGAAAUGGAACUUCCGGUACAAAAGGUGACCGUGGGGAACAAGGACCACCAGGAGACCCCCCCAAAAUGCCAGAAAUGAUGCUUUUGACAAAAGGCGAAACAGGAGAUCAAGGUGUCUCGGGCUUUAAAGGAAUUUCUGGACUUAAAGGCAGUAAAGGUAUGCCUGGACCUCCAGGACAGCUAGGCUUACCUGGCUUGCCUGGACUACGAAGCUUUGAAUUUGGAGAUAAAGGAGAAACUGGUACUCCUGGGGUUAUCGGUAAUCAAGGAAUUCUAGGAGAAGUUGGUCCAGACGGAAUUAUUGGCUUCCCAGGAUUUACUGGUCCCAGAGGUACUCCUGGUAUUUCUGGCUUUCCUGGUGUUCCUGGUGAAAGAGGCAAAUAUGGAGAUAUAGGAGAAAGAGGUGAUACUAUUGAUUUACCAGGAGAAAGAGGAACAAAGGGUCAGGGUGGAACCCCCGGGCUGCCAGGACAGCGAGGAAUACACGGAGAAAAAGGAACUACAGGAGAUGAAGGUUUUCGGGGUAUUGAGGGAGUGAUAGGGGAACACGGACAAACAGGAGAAAAAGGAUUCCCAGGUCAACAAGGCCUUGUGGGCUUUCCAGGCUCACAGGGUUUUCCAGGUCUGCCAGGUGUGCCUGGCGAGAAAGGAAGUUCUGGGUUUCCUGGGUUACCUGGUCAACAUGGUUUUCCUGGCAUAAGAGGGAUUGCUGGCCUAGAUGGUCUGCCAGGCACUAAAGGAAUUAAUGGACAGCCAGGUGCGGAUAUAAUUGGUUUAAAGGGAUUUAAAGGUCUAAGUGGUGGAAAGGGUCAACCAGGAGAGGCUAGUACCAUUGUAGGAAUGCCUGGACCUGCAGGAUCUAAAGGAGCCGAAGGGGAUCAAGGUUUACCUGGCUUAAUUGGACUUCCUGGAACAGUUGGAGUCCGUGGCUUGCCUGGGUUUUCUAACAAGACAGGUUUGCUAGGAGAUGUUGGACCUCCAGGACCUCCUGGACUGCCAGGUUUUCCAGGCCCUAUCGGAAGACCAGGUUUACCCUCUAAACCUGGAGUAAAAGGAGUCAUAGGGGAUCUGGGGUUACAAGGGAACUAUGGUGCUAAAGGUAUUCCUGGUGACGAAGGAAAAGUGGGAGUUCCUGGACUGGCUGGAAUACCUGGAGCCAAAGGUUUGAAAGGCAGUGCUGGCUUCCAGGGUUUUGUUGGGGUAUCAGGGUAUCGAGGAGAUCAAGGACCUAAAGGGCUUAGAGGUGACAUCGGAGAAUAUGGUUUAAAGGGUCCUCCUGGACAACCGGGCCCUAUGUCUGAACCUCCUCUUAUUACGGCUGAACAAGGCUACCCUGGAGCACACGGAAUUAUUGGCCAUCAAGGUGUUCAGGGCGAUAUGGGCCCAAAAGGUCUUGUGGGUACUCCAGGUGCCCCUGGCCAAACCGGUAAAGAAGGCUUACCAGGUGUACCAGGCUGGCCUGCUCCUCCAGGCAGUCGUGGAGAACAAGGACCCAUGGGACGAACAGGACCUAAUGGAUUCAAAGGUGCCAGUGGUGUGCCAGGCAGGGCAGGGCUUCCUGGGAUGCCCGGGAGAAGUGUCAAUAUUGGCUAUCUUUUAGUCAAGCACAGUCAAACAGAUGAAGAGCCAAUGUGUCCUGUUGGUAUGGCCCGCUUGUGGACUGGGUAUAGUCUCUUGUAUUUUGAAGGACAGGAAAAAGCACACAAUCAAGACUUAGGUCUAGCUGGAUCUUGUUUACAGCGCUUCAGUACAAUGCCGUUCCUGUACUGCAACCCAGGGGAUGUCUGUUAUUAUGCCAACCGUAACGAUAAGUCUUAUUGGCUUUCCACCACUGCACCUCUUCCAAUGAUGCCUGUGGUUGAAGAAGAAAUUAGGCCAUAUAUUAGCCGUUGCUCAGUGUGUGAGGCUCCAGCAGUAGCAAUUGCUGUUCACAGUCAAGAUGUCAGUAUCCCACAUUGCCCAGAUGGUUGGCGGAGCUUGUGGAUUGGCUACUCCUUUCUCAUGCACACUGCCGCAGGCGAUGAGGGGGGAGGACAAUCUCUCUCCUCCCCUGGAAGUUGUUUGGAAGACUUCAGGGCGACUCCAUUCAUUGAAUGCAAUGGUGGAAGAGGGACCUGCCACUACUUUGCAAACAAAUACAGUUUCUGGCUUACUACUAUUGACGAGCCCUUCCAGAGCUCUCCGCCUGCAGAUACACUAAAAGCUGGGCUGAUUCGAACUCAUAUCAGCCGAUGCCAAGUCUGCAUGAAAAAUUUGUAAAACAAAAAAUUGUUCCUUGCUGAUUUUAUGACAAAAAUUUAUAUUGGUGCUCAAUUUUAACUUAUUACCUCACACCAGAUAAUGAUACCUUGUUAUGUUAACUCUGUUAAAUCUUUGCUAUUCAUAUACCUGCUUUCCUACCCUCCAUAUGCAUUAAGGCAUUAUUUGACAAGUACAUGCAAGCCUGCUACAUGGAUAAGGAGAAUUUAUUCACCAUUCAGCUAUUUUCAAACCCACAUCUAACAAAUGGGACCAUGUAUAUUAAAUGAUUACUAAUUAUUAUUUGCAUCCAAAGCUACACUGUUGUUAGUUUUCAAUGAAUAUCAGUUUAUAUUUAUUGAUUAAAAUGGCCCUAAUCCUAUUUCUUUUUUAUAAAAAUAGCAAGCAGUAACAAUUUAGAUUAAAGGGGAACUCCGGCUUCUGAACCCUACACAACACAGAAUCACAACACAUAUCAAUGUAAUAUGUUCCUUUAAAAAAUAUGAAUAAAUUCCAUUUUUAUAUGCUGAAAUCAA